UCAUGGAGCUGAUCUCGGCCUGCGAGGGGACAAUGUCUCCUGUACAUUUGGAUGAUGUAAUGGUCGACCUGCUGGUCCCCGGAUCACAGAAUGCCACAGCAGUGAGAUCAGAGGGCAUCACUAUGGCAACUAGGACCCUAAUACUGGUCCUCUUUCUGCUCCUGGUUGCCUGGAGCCACACAGACAAGGCAACUGUACCAGGUCCUUCUCUCUAUCUGGGUAUUGGGCCGCUGCUGUCAUACCUGAGAUUCAUUUGGACUGGCAUUGGCACAGCCAGCAACUACUACAACAAGAAGUACGGAGACAUAGUCAGAGUCUGGAUCAAUGGAGAAGAGACCAUCAUACUCAGCAGCUCAUCAGCAGUGAACCAUGUGCUGAAGCAUGGACAUUACACCUCACGUUUUGGGAGCAAGCUGGGACUCAGCUGUAUCAACAUGGAUGGGAACGGCAUCAUAUUCAACAACAACGUCACUCAGUGGAAGAGGAUACGCACCUAUUUCAGCAAAGCUCUGACAGGUCCAGGUUUGCUGCACACAGUGGAAGUCUGUGUGUCCUCCAUGCAGACACACCUGGACAGCCUGAGGAGCCUGAACCCAGAUGGAGCAGGAAAUGACACUUUGAGCCAAGUGGAUGUGCUUAGUCUGCUGCGCUGCACUGUGUUGGAUAUCUCCAACAGGCUCUUCCUGGGUGUACCGUUUAACGAAAAAGAGCUAUUGCUGAAAAUCCAGAAGUAUUUUGAUACAUGGCAGACAGUGUUGAUCAAACCAGACAUCUACUUCAAGUUUGACUGGAUUCACCAGAGGCACAGGAAAGCAGUUCAGGAUCUGCAAGAUGCCAUAGAAAGCCUGAUAGAACAGAAAAGGAGAGAAAUGCAGCAGACAGAUAAACUGGACGAUGUCAACUUCACUGGGGACCUCAUAUUUGCACAGAACCAUGGUGAGCUGUCUGCAGAGAAUGUGAGGCAGUGUGUGUUGGAGAUGGUGAUUGCGGCCCCAGACACUCUGUCCAUCAGCCUCUUCUUCAUGCUGCUGCUUCUCAAACAGAAUCCUGAAGUGGAGCUGCAGCUUCUGCAGGAGGUAGAUGCAGUCACAGGUGAUAAGCAGCUUCAAAACUCGGACCUUCAGAAGUUGCAGCUGAUGGAGAGCUUCAUCAACGAAUCCCUCCGCUUCCACCCUGUGGUGGACUUCACCAUGCGCCGCGCCCUGUCUGAUGACAUCAUAGACGGCUACAGGGUACCGAAGGGAACAAACAUCAUUCUGAACAUCGGCCGCAUGCACCGAACAGAGUUCUUCCACCAACCCAACACAUUCAGUCUGGACAACUUUAAAAAAAAUGUUCCUCGCCGUUUCUUCCAGCCAUUCGGUUCAGGUCCUCGCUCCUGCGUUGGCAAGCACAUUGCAAUGGUGAUGAUGAAAUCCAUCCUGGUGACGCUGCUGUCCCAGUACUGUGUGAGUCCCCAUAAUGGCUUAACACUGGACUGCCUCCAGCAGACCAACAACCUCUCGCAGCAGCCUGUGGAGCACGAGGAAGAGGCGACACAUCUCACCAUGACGUUCCUGUCGAGACAAAGAGGAAGUUCUCACACAGCGGGGUUUUGAGCCUCGGACCCGCUUUUUGUUUCUCUCUUACUCAUAUGUAAGGGGCAUAUUUGAACUAUCUUCUGACUGUACAAAGCUAAACUGUAUAUUAUAUAUUUCAAAUCACAUUCCUAUCUCAACUAUAUGUAUCACAUGAAAUGUACUUUUCAUCAUUAAACAU